UUGCCCGCGUCUGGACCGCGCGGUGCGGGGUCGGGCCGGCCCGGCUCCACUCGACACGUCACUGGGAUCGGGAUAAAGGCGGCGCCGCCAGUCGAGCCGGGCAGAGCAGAGGCUGCAUCAAGAGCAGCAACACCACCCCGCAUCCAGACACACUCGCCCUGCACGUAUCGCAACCCAACGCUCUUCUCCGCAUCAACCCGCACAGUGAGGGCUGCGAAGCCUCACAAUUGAACGGGUCCCGAGUACUUCAGAGAUAAUCCCAGUGCGCUCCCGGGGUCAUCCAACAUGAAGUGUGCAGAGCUAGAAUGGACAAGGCUAACGGCGCUGCUGCUCGUUGCACAAUCGGUUGUAGCGAUGGUGCGCCCCAAUAUGACUUCAGAACUGGAUGUAAUGAUGGCAAAGUUUCUAGAAGAACGCGAGAAACGCUUGGCUACCGAAGCACACUUUAAAGCAACUGGCAGCUUAGAUUCAAUCAAGUCAAAUUAUACGGAUCCAAAUGUGCCACCCAGGACUUCCAGAAGAGCGAAAAGAUCCAUCACAGAUAUUGACAGGCAACUAAUCUUGGAUCUGCACAAUAAACUGAGAAGUCAUGUGUCACCAAGUGCAGCUGAUAUGGAAUACAUGACCUGGGAUACAGAACUGGAAAGAUCUUCAGAAUCUUGGGCUUCACAGUGUUACUGGGACCAUGGACCUGGUUACCUCCUACCAACUAUAGGGCAGAAUCUGGGUGUACACUGGGGCAGAUACCGGCCUCCUACAUUCCAUGUUCAAGCUUGGUAUGAUGAAGUUAGCGAUUAUAGAUAUCCUUAUCCUCAAGAAUGUAACCCUUGGUGUCCCUUCACGUGUGUUGGUCCAGUGUGUUCCCAUUAUACUCAGGUAGUAUGGGCAACAAGUAACAAAGUUGGCUGUGCCAUUAAUUUAUGCAUAAACAUGAACGUCUGGGGCCAGAUAUGGGAACAAGGGGUCUACUUGGUUUGCAAUUACUCCCCUAAGGGAAAUUGGUGGGGCCACGCUCCUUAUAAACAUGGGCCUCCCUGUUCUGCCUGUCCUCCAAGCUAUGGGGGAGGCUGUAGGGAGAAUCAAUGUUACAAAGAAAUUAAAAUUUGUGGUGACAUGCUGUGGAACAACACCAUUGAAGGAGAUAACAGUGGUUACCCAGACCUGGUUGCUGGUUGCGAAGGGGCCCCCAAAACAGUUCAAGCUUCAGGCCCCCAAAAAUAUGAUGGCACCAGCCAUUACUAUCCUCCUUCAGAACCAGAGCAAGAAACUAAUGAGGUUGAGAGACAGACCACACAAACUCAGGAAACACAAUCAAAUGCACGAAUACUACGACCAGAUUCCACAAGAACAGAGCACCUUGACGCAAAUGAGAUAAUAAAUACCCAGCAAAUGUCUCAGUUGGUAUCUUGCGAAACCAAGCUACGUGACCGAUGCAAGGGAACGACUUGUAAUAGAUAUGAAUGCCCAGCAGGUUGCUUGUACAGUGAAGGAAAAGUAAUUGGGACACUGCAUUAUGACAUGCAAUCAAGCAUUUGUCAAGCUGCAAUGCAUCAUGGCGUGCUGGACAAUGAUGGUGGUUGGGUAGAUAUUACAAGACAAGGAAAGAAGCCUUUCUUUAUAAAAUCCAACAGAAAUGGGAUCCAAUCAUUCGGUAAAUAUAGACCUGCCAAUUCAUUUACAGUCUCUGAAGUACCAGUCCAAGCUGCUAAUUGUCAAACAAGAGCACAUCAGAUAUGCACAUUCAAAAAACCAGUUUCACAUUGUCCACGAAUGUAUUGUCCACCUAAUUGUUUGGAGGAAAAUCCACAUCUGGCUCGGGUAAUUGGAACCCGGUUCUACUCUGAUAGAUCCAGUAUUUGCAGAGCAGCGGUACAUGCCGGGGUCAUUCGCAAUUAUGAUGGAGGUUACCUUGAUAUAAUGCCAGUUGAGAACAAGCAGCGUUAUUUUGGCUCGUACCAGAAUGGAAUAUUCUCCGAAAGCCUGAAAAAUCCACCUGGAGCCAAAGCAUUCAGAAUAUUUGCAAUCAUUUGAUUCUGGUCAAAAGUAACCACGUUUAAGGCAGGACUUGGAAUAAGCAAAGAAAAGUGUUUCAACUAUUUCCUGUGCGGGGUUUUUUUUCCGCUGUGUUAGGAUAUUGGCAGAAAGAGUUCUAUCCAUUGCAAACCAAAAAAAAUCAGUACCAUGUCAUGAAAAAGAGUAAUGCAGAAGGUUAAAAUCGCAUACACCAUAAUUACAUUAAUAAUGGAACUGCCCCGUAAGCAAAAUUUACAAUUGUAAAACUGCGAUUCUAACAGAAUGCUGCUAACUCAAUAACACAACUAAAAAAAUGAAGGUGUUUUUCAAAGUGAAAACCAUGAUUAGGUUGAACUAAUCUAAUGCCUUGAGAAUCUGGCAGUUAUUCCUGCAGGCCAGGAAAUAAAUUGGUGAUAAUAAUGUAUUAUUGGUAGAGUGAUCAGCUUGUACAAUCCAUGUGAGAGAUAUUGCAACUCAUUACAUUCAUAUUUUGGCUGAACAUAUAGCAGUGAAAUUCUCACAUCUUAUCUCUUCCAGAAGUAGAAGCCGGUAGCUUCUAAAUAUUAGAGUGUCAACUGAUUUGAGCCUUGAAUAGGCAACGAUGUCCUAAUGUUUGCUUGGGCUCGUAAUAAAGUCAUUAUCAAUUGAACAGCACUUGUCCCUUGCAUGCCCUGUCCAGUUGACUUUGGGUCUUCCGCUGCAUAACUAGUAGUUGUAUACCUGUUGAAGCAAGUGGAUUCAGAGUUUUUUUUCUUGUGUAUUAUUGAUAAUGGAAAGCUCAAGUUUGCCUCUUCAUUUUAUCUCCCCCCCCCCCUUCAUUUUACCACCCACUCCUUCUAGAUGACUAUCUGCAGGUUGUCUCAGUGUAGAAACAGCUGAUUUUUUUUUUUGAGCUGCAUUUUAAUAAUUGAUUAGCAUCUGCAUGGAUAUGGCCAUGGAUUUUGAACAGGCCUCAGCAGUGUCUAAGGGUUGUGUUCAUGUUGUGACUUCAUUUCACAACAGUCUCAAGCACAACUCCAAUUAUUUCCCUAAAUGACAAAAUAGAAUGUAUAAAUCAUGCUUUCACACACAGUUUUAAAGUAAUUGAAUCAAUUCUCAAGUAAAAACAUCAUACUGUGGGGAAGGGUCUCAACCCAAAACGUCAUCCCUUCCUUCUCUCCAGAGAUGCUGCCUUUCCCGCUGAGUUACUCCAGAAUUGUGUGGCUAUCUUUGGUGUAAACAAGCAUCUGCAGCUCCUUCCUACACAUACUGUGUGCAUACACAACAGAGAUUAUGAAGUGCCUUUGGAAAAUAAGCUAGCAGAAUUACAUCCUGUUAUUUGGUGUGAAACACGGUAUAAAGAUGUUUGAUUCUAUUUUUAAAAAUUAUAUUGCCUGCAGGUCACAAGCUGUUGAAAGUUAUUUAUGUUAUUAUCAUGUUAAAAUUGCCAUUUGUACUUGUAUCUUUUAAAUGUUUUAUGAAAUCUGCCUUUCAAACAAUACUGUCUGCCUUAUGUAUCUUUACUACCUCAGAUACUUAUUUGUAGUGUACGUGCUUAAACAGAUUUUUUAUUUAGUCAAAUCUGCAAGGUUAUUUUCUCAUUUUUGAAUUAAAGACCCUGUAAACAGUAAA